AGAACUGUAAGUCAUGGGCUUCCUUCAGAGCAUAGAUAAUUGUUUCCCAGCGACAGUUCGACGAUGGCUUGGCAUUGUAAUUGCACUACUUGAUGUAUUCCUUUUCGGUGGUUAUCACUACGGUUUCAAUUCUCUGGUUGAAGUUUACAAAUCAGUUGGCUUGUAUUCAUACAAUUGUACACAGGAUGGAUGUUUAUAUCAUGAAAAUAUGUUCGGUGUUGUCUUCAUUGUCUGGAUGGUAUCACAAAUGUGUCUUAUUGUAUUUGCUGGUAUACUUAUGGAUAUUGCAGGAUUAAGAAUAACAAAAUUAGUAGCAGCAGUAAUGUAUUCUGUUGGUACACUAAUGUUUGCCUUUACAACCGCUUCGACUGUCCCUCUGUUCUAUGCUGCUGGGAUAUUGGUGGCUUUAGCGAGUAUCAUGAGUUUAAUAUGUAAUCAUCAAGUUAGUUCUAUGUUUCCACAAGUACGUGGUUUAUGCAUAUCACUGAUGUCUGGAGCAUUUGAUUCAAGUACACUGAUUGCUUUUAUCAUAUCACUGACAUAUAAAACCUUUCCAUUCAAAUGGUCAUUUAUUAUAUUGGCUAUCUGCUCACUAGCUGUUGGAACUUUUGUAGCACUUUUCAUUCUGACAAGAUAUACAAAAGAUAUGGGAAAUUAUGCUGCUUCGAAUACAAAAGAUGAAGUCGUCUUAUCCGAGGAUGCUUCAGCUGGAGAUCUGCCAAAAACUGAUAUCUAUGGUGAAAUAUCUUCAGUGCUGGAUGAACGUUUUCCAUCUCUCAAGAGUUGUAUCCUCUCAAUGCCUUACCUGUUAAUCAAUAUUUGGUUUACUCUAGGUCUAUUUCGUUUCUCAUUUUAUUUAACUCAUUUUGUCAAGCAUAUUACCGCCAUGUUUAUUACUGAUGCAACGCUUAAGGUGCAUUUAUUAUCUGUAUCUUCAGCAUUCUUUCUGUCUGGAUUUUUUGUAGCACCAGUUACCGGUACUAUUAUUGAUUACUUUCUUCGUAGAGCUCGACAGAAAAUUGAACAAAUGUUAAUUAAUAAGAAAGAUAUGUACUAUCCAAAUAAAAUCUAUUAUACUCUAGUGUGUGGAUUAGUACCAGCACUUAGCCUAAUGACUGCUUUUGCUGUCCUACUAAGUCUUAUGAUGUUUAUACCACACUAUGUAGCCUGCUAUGCUGCAUUCAUCUUCUUAGUUGUUGUUAGGUCGCUGUUAUUCAGUACAUUUAUUAGUUUCCUUCUAUCUGCCUUUCCAAUACGUUAUUUCGGUACACUGAAUGGUAUAUCUAGUACAGUGGCUGGUCUAAUCAGUUUAAUACAGUAUGCUUUCUUGGAGACCUCUACGCUUACAGAUAAUAUUUUCAGUUUAAUCAUUUCAAUAGGUACAUUUGUUAUACCAGUUGUAUUUGUAAUUCUUGCUAGAAAGAAUUAACCUAAACUUAUUCAGCGUGCUAAAUUUUCGCCUUUUUUUAUGCUUACAAAAAACCAACACAAUCAUAUGGUUCUUUUCGUUUUUUCAACAUAUAUAUAUUAGAUUUUGUAUUUUCUUUUCCUUUUCUUCUUUUUUGGUUGAGAACAAUUAUGCAGAGAAUUUCAAUUUUUUUGAAAAAUAAAAAUAAAUGAUUUCCAUUAGCUCCUUUAUUGUAUAUCCAAAAUAAAAAUAGAAGUUUUUUUUAUCUU